CUAUUACUACCCUUAUCUACCCUCUUCUCUAUUCGAUCUAUACAAUGGAUUGCUAGGGAAUCAUACUACCGAAUUGGUUUCACCUUUACAUUAGAAAAGAAAAAAACAUGUAAACAUGCCAAUUUGAAUUUCGUAUUUGGAGUUCGAUUUCCAAGGAUUUUUCUACCACAGUAACUAUUGAGUUGGUUAAAAAACCAAAGCUUUUUGGGAAAAGAUGAAGCAAUGUCCAAAGGCUAUGGAAGAGGAGCUGUUGAAGAAGCAUUGAGAGAAGGGUUGAGAGAAGAAUGUUGAUUCAUCAUCUGCGUCCCUUUCCACUGAAUUCUCUGUCUCCACUUCGUUCUCUCACGAUCUCCACUGCUCUCUCCUCUUCUUAUUCUACUGCAGCGAAGCAACAACAACAACACAAGCUUUGGUCUGGUCUGGAAAGCUGGAGAAAGAGUCCUGUCAAUGACCUUCGUCUCUGGGGACCUGCGGGUCCUCUCCUCCCUUCUUCCGACUCCGUUCCCGCCGACUUCUCCGGUCUGGUAUUGGCGGCGUCUUCUCUCGCCGAUCUCGGAGCUCUCGUCCUCUCAACCUCUGACCCUCUCUCCAAAUCUCAUAUCUCUCAUUUAGCUUUCUCGCGUUGGCGACGUGAGAAUCUCCCUGUUGGUUCAAUCUCACAUCUUCCUUCUUCUCCAGCUCGUCCUCCCAAACCACUCCUCGUUGCGACCAACGAAGUUCCAAAUCCGAAAGAUUCGAAGCUUCCUCUCAAUGCUCAUAUGCUUCACAACCUCGCUCAUGUCGAGCUCAAUGCUAUUGAUUUGGCUUGGGACACUGUUGCUCAUUUCUCCCCUUUCUUCCACGUUUUGGGUCACAACUUCUUUGAUGACUUUGCUCAUGUUGCUGAUGACGAGAGUCGCCAUUUCUUGUGGUGUUCCCAGAGACUCGCUGAGCUUGGUUUCAAAUAUAACUUGCUCAUGAGGGAAUGCGAGAAAACAUCCAACAAUGUUGCUGCUCGCUUGGCUGUUAUCCCUCUUGUACAGGAGGCUAGAGGACUUGAUGCUGGACCUAGGUUGGUCAAAAGGCUGACCGGCUUCGGAGAUUAUAGGACUUCAAAAAUCGUGGCUAAGAUCGCUGAGGAGGAAGUUGCACAUGUAGCUGUUGGUGUAGACUGGUUUCUCUCUGUGUGUCAAAAGAUGAACCGUGCUCCUUGCCCUACAUUUAAAGAUCUGAUCAAAGAGUAUGGUGUUGAGUUAAGGGGCCCUUUUAAUCACUCGGCUCGGGAGGUGGCUGGCAUUCCUCGAGAUUGGUAUGAUUCAUCAUGUGGUUCAGAAGUGGAUAAAGGCCCUAACAAACAGGAUGAAAAGGAGCAACUCUCUCCAGUUUACGAUAGGCUCACUCACAUAAUCGCAAUGGAGAGUGAGAAUUCAAGUCUCGAAAGGCCACCCAAAUGACAUGAUGCGGUCAGAGUCAUGAUUUAAUGGCGUUAUAACUUAUGGAUGAGUGUCAGGCGUGGUUUCUUGGGAUCUGAAAGAACAAAUAAUGUGUUCUUAUACGAAAUAGUUUAAACCUAGCUCUAGCUUAGAAUUUUCGUCUCUUAGUGCGGCUAUUGUUUAUGGUGAUUUUAUGUCUUUGCUCCUUGUGCAUGCGUGACUAUCACAGUGGAAAUUCACAUGAGAGUUGAUCCAAGCAACCACUUUAUGUUAUAAAUUUGCUCGCAUCCAAGAGAGGUUUCGAAUUUAACCAAGAACAGAAAUUUCGAAUUUGUCACUUUCUAUGUACCUGUCUUCUUCAUCUUGGAUUGCAUUUGCAUAGACUGACUGAGAUUCGGUUC